AUGGCGGCGUCGGAGGCGCCGACCGCGGACGCGGACGAGAAAUGGCGCCGAGCGCUCUUGAAGAAGCUCCGCUCCGCCGCGGGCGUCCGCGCGCGCGUCGCCGCGGGCGACGCCGCGUCGUUGCAGCGCUCUCAGGCGCCCAAGGCGGACGCGGUCGACGCGCUCGUCGCGAGAUGCGAAGCCGCCGGGCUGCCGCGCGACGGCGCGCGCGUGACGGACGCGAUGCGCGCGGGCGAGGCCGAGGGCGCGGCCGCGAUGGCGGCCGCGAAGAAGCGCGAAGCCGACGGCGCCGCCGCCGGCGACGACCGCGUCUCGAGCAAGGCGAGCCGGAAGCGCGAGGCGGCGCAUCACGGAGCGGGAGCGGAGCGACGACGCGCCGGCGGCGCGUCGGCGUCCGCGCCGUCGGGGCACGUCAUCGGCGCGUGCGUGCGCGCGACGUGGGCGCUGCACGCGCUCGCGAAGGGAGGAGGAGGAGGAGGCGGAGGCGGCGGCGGCGACAUCCCGAGCGCGAUCGCGGAGCUCGCGCCGGUCGCGCGCGCGGCGGACGGCCGCCUCGUCGGCGUCGCGCUGUGGGCGUGCGCGAAAUGCGUCGCGUUACACGCCCGCGGCUCGUCGCGCGAGACGCCGACGGAGGCGCGCGCGCUCGCGAGCGCGCUCGCGACGCGCGCCGGCGCGGUCGCGGGGACGAUGGACGUCAGGGGGCUGUCGACGUCGCUGUACGCGCUCGCGUCGCUGUCGUCGACGUCGACGUCGUCGGGCGGCGGCGGCGGCGGCGGCGGCGGCGGCGGCGGCGCGAAGGCUUCCUCGUCGUCGCCGCCGCCGCCGCCGUUGUCCCUCCCGGCGGCCGCCGCCGCCGCCCGCCCGAUCCUCGCCGCGCUCGUGGCGGCGCAGAGCUCGAAGGCGUCGUCCCUCCUCGCGAGCGCGCAAGACGCGGCGAACGCGCUGUGGGCGCUCGCGAAGUUGAGGCUCACGCCGGGCGAGGCGACGGCGAGGGCGUUGACGCGCGCGCUCGUCGCGUCGUCGUCGUCGUCGUCGUCGGGGGCGUCCGCGAAGCCGCAGGAGCUGAGCAUGGCGCUCUGGGCGCUCGCGGUGCUGCACGGCGACGGGACGCUUCCGAAUGCGCGCGAGGUGGCGCGGGAUGUCGCGAGAGCGGCGACGACGAUCGCGGAGGCGGCGGGGGCGGGGGGGAAGGGAGGAACGUCGAACGCCGCGACCGUCCUCUUCUCGACGCAAGCGAUGUCGAACGCGGCGUGGGCGGCGGCGAAGCUCGCGUCCGGCGGCGGCGACGCCGACGCCGACGCCGACGCCGACGCGCGCGACGACGACGACCACGACGACGCGAUGGAAGAUCUGAGACGGCUCGUCACCGCGGUCGCGACCGCCGCCGCCGCCGCCGACGCCUCGAGGGAGAAAAACGCCUCCCGGCACACCCCCCAAGGGCUCGCGAACAUACUCUGGGCGUGCGCGACGACGCGCGCGCCCUUACCCGUCGUCCUCCCGCUGUUGACGACCGCGCUGCGAUCCGCCACGGGCGCGGGAAGGCGAGCGCUCGCGAGCGCGUACGGGUGCAAAGCCGACGACGUCGCGAAGCCCGCCGCCGACGACGUCGCGGCUGCGAUCGACGCCGCCGACCGGCUCGGUCUGACGCUCGAGGACGGCGCCGCGAGCGCGCUGCUGUCGAUGAAAGACGGCCCCGCGUCGACGGUUCGCGAGACGCGGAACAAGAUGCUGUGCGUCGACGACGCGCACCGGCUGCUGUCGCAGAAACUGCGCGCGUCCGGGUGGAAAGUCACCAACUGGAACCGGUUCGCGCGCCGCGACCGCGCCGGGUCCGCGUGGCCGUCGAGCGGGAAGUUCCACGCGGUCACCGCGCGGUUAUCCCCGACGAAGGCUGCGUUCGAGAUGGCGGCGACGGCGGCGGCGUGCCGGCUCGAGCCCGGCGGCGCGUUUUACGCCUACGGCGCCUCCUCCGAGGGGAUUCACACCGCGGCGUCGUCGCUGCCGGCCGCGCUGUUCGAGGACGCGAAGGUGGUCGUAACGGCCGGGGAUGGUCCGUUCGCGGUGCUGACGGCGACGAGGACGGACGCUUCGGCGGACGCGUGCGAAGCCGCGGGCGCGGACGCGUUCAAGACGACGACGACGUUGACGCUCCCGGGGUGUUACGCGUACGAACGCGGCGAACGGCCGCGGUCUGAUGACGCCGCGCGGCGGCCGCCGCCGACGCCGUGGGUGACCUACCCGGGCCUCUUCGCCGGCGGCGCGCUCGACGUCAUGACGUCGUUCCUGUUGAUCUCGUGCGAGAAACGCGGCGCGCUCGAGCGUUUACAUUCGAAGAAAGGAGCGCCCGCGCGAGGAGGGGGGCCCCCCGCGGUGCUGGACUUUUGCGGCGGCUCCGGCGUCCUCGCGCUCGCGGCGACGCGCGCGGCGCCGAACGCGCGCGUCGUCCUCACCGACGCCGACGCCGUCGCGCUGCUCGCCGCGCGCGCGAACGUCGGCGAUAUGUCUGGCGCCAACGUCUCCGUGCUGUGUUCGGACGCGUGGGAGGCGCUGACCGCGGACGAGACGUUCGAUCUGAUACUCAGGCGCGUCCUCGUUCGUCGUCGCGCCGUUCCUUGA